AUGGAUAAUACUCUUCUUGCUCAAGAAUUGGUGAAAGGCAAUGGAAGGAAAAACAUUUCUCCAAAGGCUGCUAUAAAAAUUGAUCUUCUAAAAGCCUUUGAUUCUCUCAAUUGGGAUUUCAUUUCCUCUACUCUCUUUGCCAUUGGUCAUAGAGGUAUUAGGCAAGGAGACCCUCUAUCUCCUAUUCUUUUUAUGAUGGCUAUGAACAUUCUCUCUAAAAUCCUCAAUCUUGCUGCUGCCAGAGGUAAUCUUGAGUCUAUUGUUGGUGUUACCACUGUUCUAAACCACUUUUAUACCUUGUCUGGUCUUAAUCUUAAUAUCAAUAAGACUGAAUUUUAUGCUACUGGUAUUUUUGUCGGAACCCUAGAUUCUAUCAAAUCUGCCACUGGUUUUAAACAAGGAUUUCUUCCUGUUAGAUAUCUUGGUGUUCAUCUGUUCCUUAUUCCCCAGAAGGUUAUCAAUCGACUUGAACAGCUAUGUGCUCGUUUCCUUUGGAAAGGAUCUGAUAAAGCUGCAAAGGGUACCAGAAUUAGCUGGAACAAAUUAUGCUGCCCCAAAUCUGAAGGAGGUCUGGGCUUGAAAGAUCUUAGCUCAUGGAAUAAGGCUUGCAUGGUCCAACUCAUUCGAAAAAUCCUUACAAGUAAUGGUUCCCUGUGGGUUGCUUGGAUUCACUGUUAUGUUAUUAAAAACAGUGGAUUAAGUGACAUCAAUGGAAGUUCUUCUUUAAGAUGGAGCUUUAGAAGACUUCUUAAACUUAGAACAGAGGCCCUCCCAAUCAUUUAUGAUGGAAUCACUAAAACCUCUGCCAUUUGGGAUGAACUAAGGGAGCAUAGAGAUAAAGUUCCAUGGCAGAAAAUGCUCUGGUUUCCUCUCCAUAUUCCCAAACAAAGCAUUAUUUCUUGGAUGAUUAUUCUUGAUCGUCUUCCUACUCGUGAUAGACUUUUCAGAAUGGGAAUCACUACUGAUCAGAUAUGUAUCCUUUGCAAUGUUGAACCCGAAUCCAGAAAUCAUUUGUUUUUUUAA